ACCAUUCAAGCUUAAUAAAAUGGCUUCUCCACUAGCUAAUUUUAAGCCAGUUUAUAUCUAUUGCAGCUUACUGGGCCUUACACCGCCAUACAGUUUUCCCAAAAAGGGCCUGAUAAAACCCCAAUUAUGUUUCAAAAGUGUAAUUGCUUUAGCUAUUUUAUUUGUUAUAGGACAGUAUCAAAAAUUGAGUCAUUUAUUGCAACCAGAAAGCAGAUACAUUCAAAUGGAUACAUGCCUAAAUGUUAUUGCAUAUUUUGGCAUGGUAAAAGUAAUGUUUGGAAUGAUUAAUAAUAAAAAACAAUGGAAAAGGUUCUUGCAAAAUCUUGAUAUGGUGGAAGAAAUGCUUAGGCCAUUGGUGAAAAGAGACUCAAUCUCAUCUUGGAAAACUACUCAAAACCUUUUAGUAAAACUACUUUUGCAAUAUACUAUUGUUGGUUAUAAUUUUUACAUUUGGAGCCAAAUUGAUCCUGUCUUUUAUGCAACUUACCGCCAAAUAAUUACGUUUUACAAUACCACUUUUAUAAUAAUCUUAUAUGAGUUAGCAAACAUGUUGCAUCAAACUAUUAAAGAUAUAAACACAUUAUUAAUUACAUGCCCUGCUACUGUAAGAGUUUGUCGAAGAGUAUGUUUUGAAGUGCAAAGGAACAUGAAGACUUGCAACAGGGUUUUUAGUGACAUUUGGGGAUUUUAUUUUAUAUUAAAUUGGUGCUAUGCUUUGAUUAUAUUGGACGCUACUUAUUCAGCUAUGAUACUAGCAGGGACUGAUUCUAUAAAAGUAUCCGCUAAAGUUCAGUAUGCUUUUUCAUACUUUGUAUCAAUUGUCAUUAUGUUAACAAUGUUUUACAUAAUGAGUAAAUAUUCCAACUGCAGUAAAACCUUUGAAAGUAUUACCACAAGUUGUCAGGACUUACUCCGAGUAAAUGUGGAUAUCACAGAAGAACAGAUGGAGGAGCUGCGAGAUUUUAUUAAGCAAAUAGAGAUUAAGAAACUGUAUUUUUCUAUAAGCGGGGUAACUAAUAUUGAUAAGAAGUUAAUUAUAAUAUAUGCCAGUAAUCUCAUGAGGUAUUUUAUUAUUCAUGUGCAAUGGCUUAAUCAGAUUAAUCAGGAAUCAAAUGUUAAUUUUUCAGUAAAUGUAAUAAAUGCAAUAAGUGUUAAUCACAUAGAUAUGAAUAUAAGUAAAACAUUAGAUUAG